CACUAUUAAUGAUCGCAGGUCAGAGGUUAUUACUAUUUAAUGAUAACAGUGUGGUUGUAGCGCCACAACAAAUAUUCCAGAAGAUAGGAAAAUAUAAUCAUGAUAAUAAUACAAAAUAUGAUAAAUACAUUUAGCUUGACCAAACAUUUCUAAUCUGGGCACAGGGCCGUAUCCAUUCUAAUACAACAUUAGCUGCCUGUAACAUUUAAAUAUCCACUUGUUGCGGUUCAAUAGACAAUAGUGUUUUUCUUAUAGACAGUUCUCCAUAGCAGCCGCACGGUGGCACCGUUGUCUGCUUUUUGCCCAGGGAUCUUUUUGGGUACGGGUACACAAACACAGUGUAUCAUUCCCCGUGCUGCCCCAUACAAGUGGAAGCUGCCCACUAACCCCUCACCAAUAACCUAACCCCCCAAAACCUAUUCCCAAACCAACUAAUCCCAUACCCUAACCCCUCACCCAUAACCUUACCUUCUAACCCCAUUCCUAAACCAUCUAACCCUGUACCCUAACCCCGUCACCCAUAAACCUUAUCCUCAAACCCCAUUCCUCAACCAUCCAACCCCUUACCCAUAACCUUACUCUCCAACCCUAGAAAGUGGUUAUUUGUGAUUGCCUAUUUGUGUUUAUCUGGCAACCCUCAAACCCCUUGACCCAGUGGGGAAGCAGACAGCAGGGGACUGUUGGUGACCUGAGGCCGAACCCAAACAGAUCCUCUUCUGCUGAGAGUUUCCUUCAGCCAGUGAAGUCCUGCUGGGCUGGUCGCUGUUGUCUCAACCCCCUCCUGAAUGAGUCACCAGUGAGGAGAUAUUUAUAGCUACUGCUAUUCUGAUGCCCCCUCCCCCCCAGGACAUUGACACCCUCCGCUGACACAUUGUCCGUGUUCCACUCCACCGUAACGGGCUGUGUGGGGCGAUGGCGGGGUGGGGCGCAGGAGACCAGGAGGGGAGCAGCGGUGGUCCGCCGGAGGAGGAGGAGGAGGGUGGAGAGUGGCUGACGGUGGUGGUGGGAGACAGCAGCUUCUCCGCGGAGAAGAGCCUCCUGCUCCGCCACUGCGGCUACUUCCAGGCCCUGUUCCGCUCGGGGAUGAGGGACAGCCGACAGACACAGGUCCACCUCAGCAACCUGUGCGCCCGCAGCUUCCAGCUGGCCCUGCGGGUGUUCCGGGGCGACAGACCCCUCAUCCUGGACCCGGACCACAUCCAGGAGUCCAUCGAGUGCGCCGCCUUCCUGCAGGCGGCCUCUCUGAGCUGCCACCUCAGCGACCUGCUGGACUCCAGCAACUGCCUGCUCAUGUUCCACGGCGCCGACGCCUACGGCCUGGCCGACCUCGCCGCCGCCGCCGCCCUCUUCAUCAGAGACGUGUACCGGGACCUGGAGGCGGAGCUCAGAGAGACCCUCCCCCCGGAGCUGGUCUCCCGGGUGGAGGCCCUGCCCCCCAGCGUGCUGGUGGCGGUGGGGGCCCACGCCCCCUGCAGCGUCGGGGCCAGCGGCCACGCCGCCUCCAGGACGCUGUGCUACCUGGACGAGGAGCAGGACGUGUGGAAGGAGCUGACCGCCCUGCCGCUGCAGGCCAGCACCUCCAUGGCGGGCGUGGCCGUGCUGGACAACCGGCUGUACGUGGUGGGGGGGGUGCAGGGCAUCCGGAAGCAGCCCAUGGACCAGAGCUUCUGCUACAGCGUGGAGGAGGACGAGUGGAGCCCCAUCGACAGCCCCGUCCAGCCCAGGUACAACUUCCCCCUGGUGGGGCUGGACGGGCGGCUGCUGGCCAUCGGAGGGGAGAGCGGGAACACCGCCAUGUCGUCCGUGGAGACGUUCCACGUGGGAACCGGGACCUGGACGUUCUCCGCUCACCUGCCGAGACCGGCGGCCGGCGCGGCCUGCGCCAAGACCCUGGGCCGGGUGUUCGUGUGCCUGUGGAAGCCCAUGGAGACCACGGAGAUCUGGGAGCACUCGGCGGGCGGCGGGGGGGCGUGGACCCUGGUGGCCACGCUGAUCCGCCAGCAGAGCUACGGCCACGCCCUGGUGGGCCACGGCGACCGGCUGUACGUGGUGCGCAACGGCCCCUCGGACGACUUCCUGCGCUGCCUGCUGGACUGCUACAGCCUGAGCACGGGCCAGUGGAGCGCGCUGCCGGGCCACUACCCCAACAGCAAGGGCGCCCUGUUCACCGCCGUGGUGCGGGGGGACGGCGUGCUGACCCUCAGCCGCAGCGCCACCCAGGAGUACCGGCUCCAGGACGGCACCUGGAGGCCCCGCCGCCAGGGGAAGGGCUUUCCCCGGAGCGGCUCCCUCUGGACCUUCCUGCUCCGGCUGCCGAGCGCUGCCUAGCAACAGCUUGACUCUGGGAGGGGGGGGGGGCGGGGUCGGAGGUCAUGGACGUUGUGGGUAACCAAUCAGGUUACACACUCAGGGUUAGUAGGUCCCGUCUGGUUAGAAUCCUCAGGGGGACCAGGUCUCUUAGGGUUAGUAGGGUUAGUAGGUCUAUAGGGUUAGUAGGUCUAGUAGGGUUGGUAGGUCUAGUAGGGUUAGUAGGUCUAGUAGGGUUGGUAGGUCUAGUAGGGUUAGUAGGUCUAGUAGGGUUAGUAGGUCUAGUAGGGUUAGUAGGUCUAGUAGGGUUGGUAGGUCUAGUAGGGUUGGUAGGGUUAGAAGGUCUAGUAGGGUUGGUAGGUCUAGUAGGGUUAGUAGGUCUAGUAGGGUUAGUAGGUCUAGUAGGGUUGGUAGGGUUAGUAGGGUUAGAAGGUCUAGUAGGGUUAGUAGGUCUAGUAGGGUUAUUAGGGCUAGUAGGUCUAGUAGGGUUAUUAGGGCUAGUAGGGUUAGUAGGUCUAGUAGGUCUAGUAGGGUUAUUAGGGCUAGUAGGUCUAGUAGGUCUAGUAGGUCUAGUAGGGUUAUUAGGGCUAGUAGGGUUAGUAGGUCUAGUAGGUCUAGUAGGGUUAUUAGGGCUAGUAGGUCUAGUAGGUCUAGUAGGUCUAGUAGGUCUAGUAGGGUUAGAAGGUCUAGUAGGGUUAGUAGGUCUAGUAGGGUUAGUAGGUCUAGUAGGGUUAGUAGGUCUAGUAGGUCUAGUAGGUAGGGUUGCUCCGGGUUUGUAGGAUUAGGCUUAGGAUAAGUAGGUUAGAAAUAUGACUUGUAUUUAUCAUGCAAGAACACAAAUAUAAUAAUAAAUACUUAUUUGAAAAGUAUGACAAUCAUCUUUAUUAAACCUUUGGGUUCUUGUGCACACAAAUUACCCGGUUGAUAGUCUGUAUAAUAUAAAGAAUUCCCUUACAUCGAUA